AUGGAAAACGGCAACGGAAUUAUCGAACUUAGCGUCAUACAGGGGAAGCCCACAUUAGUUCCCCCGGCCGACGAAACUAAGAACGGCCUCUACUUCUUAUCGAACCUCGACCAGAACAUAGCCGUCAUAGUUCGCACGAUCUACUGCUUCAAAUCGGGAGACAGGGGCAACGAGGAUGCGGUUGGAGUAAUUAAGGAUGCCCUGUCUAAGGUUCUUGUCCUGUACUACCCGUUGGCUGGCCGACUCGCGAUCAGCCCCGAAAUGAAGCUCAUAGUCGACUGCACGGGGGAAGGCGCCGUUUUUGUCGAGGCUGAAGCCGAGUGCGAACUCAAGGAGUUGGGGGAUAUCACGAAGCCCGAUCCCGAGAGGCUCGGGAAGUUUGUUUACGAUGUCCCGGGCGCCAAGAAUGUUCUUGAAAUUCCGCCUCUGGCGGCUCAAGUGACUAAGUUCAAAUGCGGCGGUUUUGUCCUGGGCCUAUGCAUGAACCACUGCAUGUUCGAUGGCAUUGGAGCCAUGGAGUUCGUGAACACGUGGGCUGAGAUGGCCCGAGGCCUUCACCCGAAAGCCCCUCCAUUCAUGGACCGGACCAUCCUCAAAGCCCGAAUCCCCCCGACUCCCAAAUUCCCCCACCACGAAUUCGACGAGAUCCACGACUCAUCCAACACCUCACAACUCUACACGGAACAGGACAUGGUCUACAAAUCCUUCUGCUUUGACCCCGAGAAGCUCGACUACCUCAAGCGCAAAGCCCUCGAUGAUGGGGCCCUCACCAAAUGCACCACAUUCGAGGCCCUCUCGGGCUUCGUCUGGCGGGCCCGGACUGAGGCACUCGGCAUGAGGUCCGACCAGCUCACAAAGCUCCUCUUCGCCGUGGAUGGGCGGCCGAGGUUUGACCCCCCGAUCCCGAAUAAGUAUUUCGGGAACGGGAUUGUGCUCACGAGCGCGAUCUGCCUGGCCGGGAAGCUCGUGAGGGGCCCGCUCUCGCUCGGGGCUGGGCUGGUGCAGGGGGCGGUGCGGAUGGUGACGGAUCAGUACAUGCGAUCGGCGAUCGACUACUUCGAGGCGACGAGGGCCCGGCCCUCGCUGGCCUCGACCCUACUGAUCACGACGUGGUCGAGGUUGUCCUUCCACACGACGGACUUCGGGUGGGGAAGCCCGGUGCUGGCGGGGCCCGUGAGCCUGCCCGAGAAGGAGGUGAUAUUGUUCCUCUCGCAUGGGGAGGAGAGGAAGAGUGUGAACGUGCUCCUGGGAUUGCCGGCCUCGGCUAUGAAGAAGUUCGAGCUACUUUUGAUGAUUUGA